UUCAUAUUUGCGUUACCACUGUUUGUUUAAUCCCAUGAGCUUUGUUUUUGCCAUCAAGUGUAUUAUGUGGUGUGCUGUCAAAUACUUUUUUGAAAAUCUACAUGCAUAAUGAUAGGGUUGUGAAUCUGUGGAAUUCACUAAUCCAAAGUAUAGUGAAUGCUGUAUCACUGAAUAAAUUAAGGAUUUUUAUAGAUUUUUAAAUAGUAAUGGAUUAAAGGGUUAUGGAGAGCAGACAAAUGAAGCCAAGAUGAGAUCAGCCACGGUCAUAUUAACUAGCAGAACAGGCUUGAGGUGUUGAUUUGCCUACUCCUGGUCAAAUUUGUAUGUUUUUAACAGCAAACUUACUACUUUGUUACUGUUUGUUUUAUCACUCAGGGAAUGUGAACUUCAUUGGCUGGUCCUGCAUUUAUUGCCCAUCCUUAAUUGCCUGCGAGAAUGUGAAAGUGAGCUGCCUACUUGAACCACUGCAAUCCAUUUGGUACCCUUUACAUCACCCCCAUAUGGGAGAACGAUUGGAAGGAAUGUGGGCAGAAUCUACAGUUUCCAUCUUUACUUACCCAUCUAAUCUAGACCAGGUGCUUUCUUGGAAGACAUUAUCUGCUUGUCAAAUGGUUCAGUGUAUGGUCACGGAAUGUAGGUGCUGUUCCUGCUCCCAAAUUCUAUAAAUAUAGAAUCUCUGAGCCAGACGUUCUCCAUCAUUGUCUACCAUUAAAUCUUUGGUUUCAGACUAGACUGUGGUUUCUCAAGUGAGGAGUUCGCAAUCAAUUGAAAACUGAGUUGCCUGUGUGGGACUCGCAGAGAUCAGAUGAUUAUUUCAUUGUGAUACAUACGCAAGACUGCAAUGACAAGUCAGAGCAGUAGCCAUGCAGAAAGAGCAAGUUCAAUAUCAUCAUCCCCAAAAGUGCAGGUUCAACGAUCCAUUUCUCGAGAGACCAUUACUAUACACUUUUCUGCCUUCGGUAAAGAGGAGGAAGAGGAAGAAGAAGAAGAAUUUAAAGACUCCUCUAUGAAUCUUCAUGAAGACCGAAGUUUUGUACCAGGAUUUAAAGAAAAGGAAAGUACUUGUGAACAUGGUGGCCAACUUCUUUUGGAGCCUGCUAGCUCAUCAAAUAUGUCACCGGCAUCGACUUCAGUUACUGUUUCCAUUUCAUCUUCAGCAUUAACAACCGCCUCUUCGGACCCGUUGGAAACAUCAGCAAUGGUGCCUUCUGCGUCGUUUACUACUAGUGCUACUGCAUUGCCAUUAUUCUCAAUGCCAGCUCAACUGUUGGUUUCUACCACGUUGCCUUCAGAUGUGACAACUACAAUUUCUGCUUCUACAUUUGAUUCUGCGCCAAAAUUUGUUGUGCAGUCUGUUGUCCCCUCAGCUUCAUUGACGAGCGCAAAGCCAUUCACGAGUUUAGUUAAAUCGCUUUCAACAGAAGUAGAACCAAAAGAACCCACUACCCCUCUAAGGACAAGGCAGUUAAUGAAAACACUAGUUAAAUCUCUGUCAACAGAAACCUCAAAACAAGAAUCUGAAUCUGUCCCAUUUAGGACCUCUGAUUCUCGAAUAAACUUACAUCUGUUCAAACAGUUUACUCAACCUCGUGUCACCAGUGGAGAUUCUAAGACUGCACCUUCUUCCCCAAUCACCUCACCAUCAGAAGGUAGGUCAUUUUUUAAAGUAACAGAAGUGGAGGCCCGAAUUGAAGACACUAAAAGACGGCUUUCAGAAGUUAUUUAUGAACCUUUUCAACUUCUAAACAAGAUCAUUGGUGAUGAGACCAGUAGUCUUCGACAUAAGGCUUUAUCGUCCAGUGCAACAGAACUUUCCACUCUUGCUAGUUUAAAUGGACAUUUGGAAAGCAACAACAACUAUAGCAUUAAAGAAGAAGAGGAUGAUUCUGAUGGGGACUAUUCAACAAAAGAUUCAAUUCCAAACACACAUAGUUCCAAACCAAUGAAUGAGCCAUCAAAAGAUGGGGACACUAAGAACUCUCAAGGGACCACAAAGGAGAUUUCAUUGAAGACAUCAUCUCUAGGUCUAGAAAAAUGCUCACUUUCUGUACUUGCUAGCAAAGCAGAUGAUGAAUACUGUGAUUUAUACCUUGAAGAAUUUGAGUUAGAAACUGAUGAAGAGAUUGUCGUGGAUAAAGCUUUAGAACCUCUGACUGGAGAAGAAGCAAUUGAAAAUGAAAGUGAUCUAUUGAGGCAACAUGAAACAGAGUAUGAAGAACAACAACUUGAAGUUCCAUUUAAGACUUUAUUACUCUAUGCCAUUCUUGUAUAUUCCUAUUUAGUACUCCCUCUGCCAAGUUAUUUAAGUGGUUUAUUGCUAGGCAUUGGCUGUGGAUUUAUGAUAGCAAUUGGUGUCGUUUGGCUGAUGGUACCAAGAAAGUCGAGGGGCUAUGAACAGUCACAGACAAGGCUUCAUUUGGAACAUCUAACUACAGAACCUCUGGAUAUAAAGGAACCAGAAAUAUACAAGGGUUGGAUGAAUGAAAUUUCCAAUUAUGAUCCUGAAACCUACCAUGCUACACUGACCCAUUCUGUCUUUAUUCGCCUUGAGGGGACUGUACUAAGGCUUUCAAAACCGAAUAAAAAUAUUUCCCGAAGGGCUGCUUUCAAUGAGGCCAAGACAAUAGCCACGUACAUUAGUCAGAAGAUUUAUGACUUGGCAGACAGUAGGGUACAUUUAGUUCCAAAGGAUCUGGCUAGGAAAAGAGUGUGGAAUAAGAAGUACCCUAUUUGCAUUGAACUUGCCAGACAAGAUGACUUUAUGUCAAAGACGCAGGCAGAGAAGGAAAAUAUGGAGGAAAAGCUGCUUGCUGAUAAAAUUGAAACAGCAAUUGAGGAACCAAUGAAAUCUUCUGUGUCACAAGAUUCUGCAAAGCCAAUUUGCCAAAAGGACCAAGUUUUAUAUCUUUUUGGAAGAACUGGUAGAGAAAAAGAAGAAUGGUUCAGGAGGUUUAUUUCAGCUUCAAAAUUGAAAGUUGAUGCUAAGCGACCAGCCAGUCUAGGAGGUGGCAUACCAGGUUUUGUGCCAUCACACAGUAGGAACAAUAGCCAUUCAGGAAUGUUGACUCAUAGUCGCAAUAGUAGUAAAGGAAGUAUUGAAGAAAUCGUGUCACAGUCAAGACAGAAAGAUCUCAUGUCAAGUGUGCGCCAGAAAAUGCUUCUGGACUAUACUUUGUAUAUGGCAAAGUACAUUCCUGAAGAGCCCGCUAGUCCCAAUGUAAGUCCUGACCACAGUGCAGAAAGUAGUCCUACUGCGAACAAUAAGUUGCCAAGCAGCCACAUUGAGAACUCGGAACAGCAAGUGGCUUGGGUCAAUGCAUUGGUUGGAAGAGUCUUCUGGGACUUCUUGGGUGAAAAAUAUUGGUCAAACUUAGUGUCUCGAAAAAUCCAGAUGAAACUCAGCAAGAUUAGGCUGCCUUACUUUAUGAAUGAACUGACAUUGACAGAACUUGAUAUGGGAGCUGCUAUGCCAAAAAUAUGCCAAGCUUCAAAGCCUUCAGUUAAUCAUCAAGGACUGUGGAUUGAUUUGGAGAUUUCUUACAAUGGAUCUUUUCUGAUGACUUUGGAAACUAAAAUGAACCUAACCAAACUGGGCAAGGAGCCACUGGGGGAAGGAUACAAAGUAGGCGAUGUUGGCAAGGAAGGGAGUAGACCAAAAGCCUAUUGUCUUGCUGAUAGCGAUGAGGAGUCUUCAAGUGCUGGCUCUUCAGACGAAGAAGAAGCACAAGAUGUGCUGGGAGGCGACAAGGCACCAGCAGCAGUGGCAGAAGGAUAUAUGGGAGGACAUCGACCAAGCAAGAUAAUGAGACUUGUGGAUAAAAUUACAAAGUCAAAGUAUUUCCAGAAAGCCACAGAAACAGAAUUUAUUAAGAAGAAAAUUGAAGAGGUUUCAAAUACACCAUUACUGUUAACAGUAGAGGUUCAGGAGUGCAAAGGAACAUUGGCUGUGAACAUUCCACCACCACCUACUGACAGAAUAUGGUAUGGUUUCCGUACGCCACCACACUUAGAGUUAAAAGCUCGUCCCAAAUUGGGCGAGCGUGAAGUCACUAUUGCACAUGUAACUGACUGGAUUGAAAAGAAACUGGAACAGGAGUUCCAGAAAAUUUUCGUUAUGCCAAAUAUGGAUGAUGUGUAUGUUCCAAUCAUGCAUUCAGCCAUGGAUCCACGUUCAUCCACAGUGUGGCCUUCAAGGGAGACACCAACAGAAGUUGCUGAGCGACUGUGAUGUAUGAAAGUUUUAUGUUUACAGUAUUAUGACGUCGACGUUCAUGUGCUUUCAGCUAUAUCAUCUGUCUUUUGGAUCAUUCGUGCCACUAUUGUUUCCCGGAAAACUUGCAAUUUGUUGUACUCAGUAUGUGCAGUUUGCUGAGUGUAUGUCUCUUUCUGUGCAUUGUUAACAGCUAAUAUUGUUCCAACCAUUUAUCAUUUAGGCCAUUCCAAGAAAAUAAAAGCCCAGAGAUAUAAUAUAUAUAUAUAGAGAGAGAGAGACUAUAUGUAAUUAUUUAUAAAUGACUUGUUCGUCCUGAAAUGCUUCAGUUUAGACAGGUUCUCAUAACCCUAAGAAAUGACUUCCAGAUACAUGUUCUUGUAUAGAUGCCUAAGACAGCCUCCAUGAAAGUGCAGAAUUGAUGCAUGAUUGCCUUUUGGAUACAGUAUAACACAUCACUAAAAUGACAGAGCUGGUCAAUGAUUGCCAAUUUUAUGUAAGUUACUCUUGGAAUACUUGCACUCAUUGCUUUGUGGUGAUUCAUCAUGAGAAGUGUAUUUGCAACUGCAUCCAUUUUUUAUUGACAAAUGGAUUCUACUGACAGUCUGCACGUAAGUCUGGCAAGUUUGCAUCUGCGAGCAAGAUCAAUAUUGUCCCAUUCAGAUCUGGAUGGUAAUUGAUAGAUUAUACGGUACAUUACUUUAUGCAUUUUUUAUUUAACUGAGCAUUAUUUUCACAUUAUAAAUUGAUGCAUCACCUUUGCCCAUUUCAGGAGCAAUUCAACUCCACAUUCUUUUUUUCAACUCUGAUAUCUCUCUUUAUUAGUUCAUUAUUAGACAACCAGCUCCUGAAAUUAUCCACUUCUGUGUGGUAAGUCUGCACAAGAGAGAAAUGAUAGGACUAUGUGACAACCACUGUGAUAAAUGAUAUAAAAUUAUAUACUUUCAAGAUUUACAUUUAUGGUUUAUAUAAAGUAUUUGCAGUUCCUUAACAUGUUACAGUGUGCACAGAAGUACUGAAAUCCACUGCAGACAAAGUUUCUGUAACCUGGCAGUGAUAUCACAAAUUUAAUCCUCAGCUGAUAGUUAAGAGUGCUCUAAAUAAUAAUACAUGGGUAUAUUUAAAAGCUAGAUAGUUUGGUCUGGUGAGGUUUUUUCCUCCUUCAUCGUCAUUCUAGUGCAUGGUAGAAUCACCUCAAUAUUGACAAGUCCCACCUAAAUGUAAACUGAUCCAGAAUUUUUGAAGACAGCUGGUUAAAUAAUAUCAGAUCAUUUAUUCAAUUUUUUGUGAAAUUAAUUUAAAGAGAGAAAAUCACAAACACUUUUAUAGGAUUGUUAGUGCUUGUAAAAUGUUUUUGUCACUGGAAGCUGGUCAUAUUUAGCAGUUGGCCAAUCACAGCUAUAACUAAUUACAAUGGAUCUACUGUUUAUUCUUAAAAGUGGUAGUGCAAGAAAGAAUGUAUUUGCAGAAUGAGGAAAUGAAGGAAGGGUCUUGCUGUCUCUAAUGGAGAAGGCCAUCUCCUUUCAAAUUCUCUUCAAACUUUUAUGGGUCGUCAUUAAAAGCCUUAACAAUGUUUUAAAAUUGCUGGAAAAACUUCUUAAAAUUGUGGUGAGGAAUCCUGGUGGUGUUUAUCUGAAUGAACGAAGGGGAAACUAUAAAAAUGCUGCAGAAGGCAUGUAAACUAACUCAAAAUGCCAGUUUUAUUUUAAAACCAGAUUUUGCAUAGUUUCCCUAUAGUGGGGAAAUUGUGUUCAUCCCGAGCCUUUAUUUUAUAUGCAACAUUCCUACAUAAGGUCCAGAAAGUUUAAUGUUACUUGUGCUUCAGUGCCACUAUGCCCAUGCUUGUUAUAAUUUGUCUUGGCUGUACUCUAUGUUUUAUCCAUGUAUUUCUUGAGCCAUAAUUUUUCCUACAGAUGUUCAAAUUGUGUAAAUUGCCAUUCAUGACUUGAAUUACAAAUAGAUAAUUGAAGUCUGUACAAUGUGAAGGAUUUGACAAAUCGUCAUUCAAGAUGAAGUUUCUUUGAGAAAGUUGACAAUUUGCAGAAUGUUAAUUAAAGCUAAGUAAUAUAUUUUAAGAUGUGUAUAAAGUUGUAUUUUUAAUUUUAUAUGUAUUUGUUUUAAUUUAGCCCUGUAGGUACGACAUUGUAUUUUCUUGCAAUUUAAUACUGAGGAUGCAAUAGCCACAACACAAAUUGACUGCAUUUCCAGUCUUAAUCCAUAUUCUUGCUUUCUUCUAGUCACCUUUUUUGUGGGCAAUAUUUGCCUGCCAGAAAAAAAUUUGCAUGUCUUGUUGUAGUCGGGCCAUUUGUGUGACCUGAAUAAGUGUGCAAUAACAAAUUAUGAGUCCAUGGACUAAAUGCACUAUACAUAAUCAGAAUUAAAUGAAGAUUCUUAUAAAUUGUCAUAUUGAACUUCACAUAAUCAAAUUAACAUUGUGAAGGACUGGCUUGCUAUGUUUUAUUUAAUAAAUUCUUCAGUCUAGUAA